CCGAGAAAACUAGGUUUUGCCAGUGUCGACGAUUGAAAGUGCCAGCCUUGACUGAGAUCCGUGUCCUUGUCUGCUGCUGCUGGUCGAAGUGUGACAUGAAGCUGAAGAACCUUUCCAUAAGAGAGGUGGGUCUACAAAUCCGUCUUUGGAGAGAGAGAGAGGUGGAGAAAGAGAGAGAGGGAGAGAGAGAGAGAGAGAGAGAGAGAGAGAGAGAGAGAGAGAGAGAGAGGGGGGGGGGGGGGGAGAGAGAGAGAGAGGGGGAGAGAGAGAGAGAGAGAGAGAGAGAGAGAGAGAGAGAGAGAGAGAGAGAGAGAGAGAGAGAGAGAGAGAGCGAGAUAGAGAGAGAGAGAGAGAGAGAGAGAGAGAGAGAGAGAGAGAGAGAGAGAGAGAGAGAUAGAGAGAGAGAGAGAGAGAGAGAGAGAGAGAGAGAGAGAGAGAGAGAGAGAUAGAGAGAGAGAGAGAGAGAGAGAGAGAGAG